AUGAGUGGUGCCAUUGGUAGUGCAUCCACUGGUACUACACUCAUUGGUACUACACCCCUUGGUAAUACAGCAACUGCAAGAAGGAAUGCUGGUAUUAGUAGUACCUCACAAAUGAAUCCUGUUGUGAGAAAUGAGAAUAGUAACACUUGUGUUCUCGAGGCAAGAGAUGGAAGUACUGCUGGUGUGACUGUUUACAACAAGAGUACUACCAAUAUGAGUGACUGUGGUAUGACAUUGCAAGAUGUUGGGAUGUCUACUAGAUAUGUAAGUAGGGGUCGUGGAUUUCUCAGGGCAUCUUCCACAAGUGGUACCAAUAUUGCAUUUGAACCUGUUGUUUCACCUACCAAGCUGCCUAACAAGGAAGUGGAAGAAAAUCAGAUCAUCAGUGAUACAUCUGAUGAUGAAUGGGAAGCUGGAGAGUCAGAUGAAAUAAGUGAGAGUCAAAGCAGUAGUGAAGAUGAUGUUAGUGAAGAAGAGUUGGAGAAAGAGGAUGACAAAAAAGGGGAUAAUGUGGGUGAUGGAGAAGGGGGUGUGGACCAAAAUGUCACAUUUAGAGUUGGUCAAGAAUUCAAGAAUGUGUAUCAUUUCAGGGAGGUCCUAGAGGAUUAUGAAGUUCAAGAGGGCUUCAAAGCUUUGAGGCACAAGAAUGAUAAAUCAAGAGUAACUACAAUAUGUGCUGGGAAUGGGUGUGCAUGGAGGAUCCAUGUUUCAGUACUGCCUAGUGAUCGUAUCACAUUUGUGGUCAAAACACUUGUGGACAAGCAUACAUGUAGGAGAGAAGUUAGCAACUUGAUUGUAACUUCAAAAUGGAUAGCAAAGAAACUUGCUUCCAAUUUUAGGGUAGACCCUGCAAUGAGCAACAAGGUAAUGGACAAUAUGUUGAAAGAGAAGUACAAUGUGGAUACAACUAAUAUGAGGCUGUAUAGGGCAAGAUGGAGAGCCAGGGAUGAAAUUGAUGGGAGCCAUGCAAAGUCAUUUAAUAAAGAGGAGGAUGCAUAUGGGGUGGUGAGAGUAAAUCCACAGUUCAAGCGUAUGUAUAUAUGCUUUGAUGCAUGCAUACAAGGAUUUUUGAAGGGAUGUAGGCCAUUCAUAGGCUUUGAUGGGUGUCAUCUUAAAGGUUUAUAUGGAGGAGUCUUAGUUUCUACAAUUUCAGUUGAUGGAAACAAUGGGAUAUUUUCAGUUGCAUAUGGAGUUGUAGAAUCUGAAGGAAAGGACAGUUGGCUAUUCUUCCUCCACCAUUUACAUGAGUCCAUUGACAGAUGCAUAGAAAAGGUUUACAAUGGAAGACCAACCCUUCAUGAUAUACUCACAUUCAUGAUGACAAAUGAAGCAAACCAUCGACACUGCAGCAGACAUCUAUACAACAAUUUCAAGAAAGUUUUUGGAGGUGGGCCUGUAUUACGAGGUUAUUUCUGGGCAGCCAGCAAAGCAUACAAUGUUUUUGAAUUUCAAAGGGCCAUGGAGGGUAUGAAAGCAGAAAAGAAUGAGGCAUAUGUAUGGUUGAUGAAGAAUCCAAUUAAUAUGUGGAGUCGACAUGCAUUUGAUCACAGAGCUAAGAGUGAUCAAAUAACCAACAAUAUGACUGAGUCAUUCAACCAAUGGGUUGGAUCAUCGGAUAAGCCAAUCCUUACCUUAAUUGAUGUAGUCAGAUAUAAGUUGAUGGGUAGGUUACAGAAAAGGUUUUCAAAGGGUUGUAACUUUGAAGAAGAGCAUAUCACUCCAAGAAUGAAGAAAAAACUUGAUGAUUUGCAGAGAGGUGUUAGAUAUUGUAGAGCAACAUUUGCUGGAGGAGAUAAGUAUGAGGUACAGGAUAACAGUGGUAGGUAUGUGGUGGACAUGGCAAAUAACUUCUGUGAGUGUGAGAUCUACAUAGCAACUGGAUUGCCAUGUAAACAUGUGGGAGCAUUCAUUCAAUAUAAUAGGGUACCUCUUCAGCAAUUCUAUGAUUCAUACUACUCAAAAUAG